UAUAAAGCUCCCCAAUAUCUAGCUAUAUAAUAGAUACAGAAGCACCUAACAAGAACUCAUACAAUACUUAGUAAUACUAUACCAUUGUGUAUAUAAACAGUAAACAAUAAAAGCACCACAGGUGCUGAUGCCUCGGUGGAGAUGCCAAAGCUACAUAACAUAAAGCUACUAAUAGCUUUUAUGCACAUGAUAAAAACAAUUUAAUUUUACUGCAUGCAAAAACUCAGAGAGUGGGUAAUGAUCGACCAUGAUUGUUGUUAAAAACGAUCAAUGCCAAAAGUUCAAGUCUAAAAUUUAAUGGCUGCAUUAGCAGAGCCUUGCAGCUCUCUUCUCACUCUUGCAGCUACCAAUAGCUAGCGUUCUAGUGCAGAGCUAACUACUAAGUAGAAUAGCAACACUCGGUAAACAAGUUUGGCUACGUGCUCUUCUGAAAAGGCUGCAAUGGCAUUCCAAGUAAGCAAAACUAGGCAUAACUCGAGAACGAAGCAUUAUUUUGCAAAUCCACGAAUUAAAAUCCAAGUAAACAUGACUAGAAGCCUAUAGAAACUCUUACUUGCACUUGAUAUUCAUCCUUGAGCAGCUGUAGCAGUCUACACACACAGAGAGACAGACAGACAGACAGACACACACACACAGACACACAAACACACUACCGUAUACCUCGCAUGCGCACCGAGGCAUAAUUAAAUUGCUAAGAUAUCUAUUUUCAAUACAGCAGCCAUGCAGUAUGUGCUAAAGCUAGCUGUGCAUGGCCCAUUGUUAGCUAGUAGAAAUAUUUAAUCACUGCAAUUAAUUACUGCAUGAUUUCCUGAUGGGGAGAGCUGUUCAUGAAACUAUAAAUCUGUACUGUUCUCCCUGAUGAGAUUAGACUUGAGUCUAGAAUAGCUAAAAUUAUGAAGAGAGUUGCAGUGAUAGGAGCUGGGGGUUCUGGUAUCUCUUGUGCCAGACACCUCAGUAGGUUUCCCGAGACCUUCCAGUUUACUGUGUAUGAGCAGAGUGAGCAGGUGGGGGGUGUAUGGGUGUACGACAACCCCACUCCUGGAAAAAUACCGAAAGACGUGAGAGUUUCUUUACAGAAUGGCACUAAGACUUCUUUAUAUAGAAGCAGUAUCUACAAGAAUCUGUGGACUAACCUUCCUAAGGAGAUCAUGCUGUUCCCUGACCUACCAAUGGAUGACAAGCAACCAUCAUUCCUCCACCACUCUGACAUAAAGACUUAUCUCGAGAAGUACAUUCACAGCUUUGGGUUGGACAAAUUCAUUCAAUUCGGGCAUCUAGUGGAAAACGUUUCUCCCGUACCCAUGGGAGAUGACUCAAGUGCAGCAGUUGACAUGGUGAAAUGGGUGGUCAGUACAAGAUGUGUGAAGUCAGGGGAGUCAAAAUCAGAAGAGUUCGAUUUUGUAUUCAUCUGUAGUGGACACUUCUUUGAGCCGAACAUUCCGGACUUCAAAGGCCUUCUCUCAUUUCCUAGACCAGUCAUACACAGUAACUGUUAUCGAGAACCAGAACCUUUUGCUGACAAAGAAGUGCUUGUGAUCGGAGUUGGCCCCUCGGGACUUGAUAUUAUGCUCGAUAUUACUAAGCACGCUAAAGUAGUCUACUUGAGCAGUAGGAGAGAGUAUUUGAAAACAAAGGUACCAGAUAAUAUGGAGUGGCUACCCGAUGUUUCUGAACUCAAGGAAAAUGGUCGUGUUUGUUUCGAGAAUGGUGAAGAGAGAAGUGUGGACUGUGUUGUUCUGGCUACCGGCUACUUGUACUCUUAUCCAUUCCUCAGUGAAGAGUCUGGCAUCAAGGUUGUCGAGGGAAAGAGAGUUGCUGACCUUUACAAGCACACCUUCAAUGUCACCCACCCCUCAAUGGCGGUCGUCGGUGUGAACACUGGGUAUAUUCCGUUUCCGUCAUCAGAUCUCCAAGUUCAGUGGAUUCUGGCAGUGUGGUCAGGAGCAAUGAUACUUCCCCCAAAACCAGAAAUGAUCCAGGAAAUCGAAGAUAUUUAUAAGAGCCGAUUGGAAGAGGGACUGUCUGCUCAGAAAGCUGGACAUUACCUUCAAGAGAAACAGUGGGAGUUGUACGAUCAAUUUGCCUCUCUGGGGGGUCUGAAGCCAAUGCCCCCUGUAAUUAAGAAGCUCUAUAAUACCGUCUGUCAGAUCAGAAAACAUCAGAUAAUGGAUUUCAGAGAAAAUAAUUACCAAGUUGACGGAGAGGACAGUUUUUUCUUGAAAAACUACAACUACUAAACUUAGUAUUAAUUAAAGGCGAUUUUGUAUAAUUAUCAUGUUGAAGUUAAGUGUAUCUGUGAUCAAG